UAAAGAUUUCGUUUUGUGCUUUCCAGUUUAUUGGAUUACUUUUUUGUUUUCAUUCAAACUGGGAAAUAAAAUUGAAACAUAAAAUUGUUUAUUUUAUGCCUUCUUUUACAGAGUUAACCAAAUGAGCUUCUGUGUUACUGUGGCUUGAUUGACUCCUAACCACAUUGAAUUGUGUGGUUUAUUCGCCGAGCUGAACAGACUCAUUUGUUUAACUAAGCGCUGAGCUCUUCACUUCCAGAGAAAGCACGGCAGUCGUUUCAUUUCCCCGUCCGCCGUGGUUUCAUUGAUCGGACCGUGCUCCUUACAGGCCAGACAGGUUGUCUAUAAUGAUAAUGAGUGCCUUGGAGGAAAAAAAAAGCAGAUAAUGAAUGCGUCUGAGAUCAUCAGAUUUAUUCAAGUGCCCCCCCGCAUGGACGAUGAGGAAGACGAUGUGUUCGAGCCGGACCCCAACAACUGGCGCACGGCGGUCAGGAAGAUAAAGUGUGAAGACCGGGGCACGCAGACGCCCGGUCCUGCCCUGGUACCAAACAACGGCAUGCUUCUCUGUGGACUUGCAGAGGAGCCCAGACCACUUUUCUACGGUAACGCAGGUUUUCGAUUGCACUUCCCAGCACGCUUCGAGCUUGCUGGGGAUCUUGAGGCGAGGCGGCACGACAGGGAAGCGGAGCGGGGCGGGAUGGAGCGGCUUCCCCGGCAGCAGCCUGCGGCACGCAGCACGGAGGCCUGCAUUGCACAGAAACUCCAGCUGAUAGGGGACCAGUUUCACCGGGAACGCCUACAACUGUAUCAUCAAAACCAAAGGAACCAGGGGCCGCUGUGGUGGCGCCUCACCACGGCCCUCGUCAGCCUUCUAUUGGAUAGAGGCUUUAUUGCUGGAGGGGGGGGUGCAGGACAAAGGUAAGGGGGAUUUACCCCCUUAUGUCCGAUGCCUUCAUCUCUGUUAGGAACUGGCCUCCUGUUGGCACUGUCAAAUAUAACACGGGUCUGUUUGAGGGAGAAAAAAGAGGAGACAAUAAAGGUCGCCGCGGGACGGAGACAUCCAUCUUUUCUUUUUUUUUUUUUUUUUUUUUUACAAGGUCACGUGCGUUUCUUGCAAGAAGAUGCCAUAAUCCUCCCAAGAUCCCUCUAAAGGACAAUGUUGAUAUUUUGUCAUACAUGUGGUGUGCUGGUUUUGUACAGUUGUCAAUUUUGCACUCUUAAACAUAGACCCACGAUAAAUGACCUCUGCAGACCCUGGGGAUGCCUUAUUCAGUGUUUUCUGUAAGAAGGAAAAAAAUUGAGUAUUUUUUAAAACAAGCAAAAAGUUACACAACAAGAAAAUGAAAGGGUGUGUGAUUUUUUUUUUUUAAUAUAUAUAUAUUUUUUUUAUCCUCUCAGUUGGAUCAGUUCAAUGGAUUUAUUUGCUCCCAAAGACGCAGCGUCUCAGAACAAUGCAUUUUGCACCCCACCUCAGCGGGAUGUUCAUUAUUUUAUCAUCAACUUAUACAUUUUAUUUUAUUUUUAAUCAUAAAUUGACAACCCUGAUUACUUUAAGACAAAAAACUGAAAUGACAUGAAGUUAAUGCACAUGAAAAAGUUGUCCCACUGUAAAAUAAUGAUCAAUUAUGAGCUCAAAUCUAAGACUUUUCAGAACGUUUUUGGUUAAAACAAAACGUCUUUAUAAACACACGAAAAAGGAAAGAAACCAUUCAGCAGCAACAAUUCCAGUCGGAAAAAACUGUAAAUUUGGUAAAUAAAACCGCUUUACUACUUGAUUAAAAUCGAGAUUUUAUUCCUUUGUUACCAUUUCCCUUUGAAGUAACAUUAGGACCCCUAUUAUGUCUUAAUUUUCAGAAAUAUAAGUGCAUUUGUCAAGAUAAUCUGACUGACAGAUUUAUAACAGAGGAUUGAUAGUGUUGUAGUUGUAGCACAUUAAAGACAUAAUGAUAAAAUCAUGGGGUGCUUUUAUUUUUAUCUUGUAAAACAUCAACGCACCAUGCACUAAAUUCGAACAAAAGGUUAAAGCACACUGUUAAAAGGAGCAAUCCUCCCAAAAUAAUUCAGUUUGCCAACUCUAUUGUGUUUUUUUAGAUUCUUUUUAUUAUUAUUUUGUAAUUUUUUCCCCCAAAAUGUCUAACAAAUAGUUUUAUCUUAGCUGCAUCCUCGUGUAUGUGAUUGUUUUCAGACCUCCAUGCCCUUUGAAGUGGAGCUGUGGAUCCACUGUUUUUGCACUAGACUUCCACCUUUUUGAAGAGUUCCGAUUGUUACCAAGUCAACUUCUGUCUUGCAUGAAGGGUUUUCAUUUGCGCAACAUUUCAGAUGUACUGGUUCAAGGCGACCGAUCAGUGUUGAGGCCCGACUGAGCACAGUCCGGGUCUGAAGUGGAAGUCGGUUUCUCCAUUUGUCUGUUAAGAGUUGGAGCUUCCAGCAAAACAAUGUUUGCUUUUCCCCUUUUCUGAAAGAAAAUUCAAACUCAAAAUCUCUUUUCCACUCAGGACAUGUUUGCCGGGUUUACUUCGUCAUAUUUUGUUGUUGUUGGUGCUGAUUUUCAGAUUAGGAUCUAUAAUGCGAGCACAACCAACAAUGGGUCAGCAGUUUCUGAAAUGAAAAAGUGAAAGAUAAAGACUGUAAUUUUUCUAUGAAUAUGUUUCAAAACACUGUUAAAAAUGCUGUUCUUUUGUUUUUUUCUCGCCUUACCUUGCCUGAUGUUUUGAAUCUAAGGAGCAGCACACGUCAGGGGUCUGUGCUGGAAUUAGUCACCUCUCACAUGUGUCAACUUUAUCACUGCACCAAUCAGUUUGUGCAUUUUUUCUAACUCUCAAAACGUCUCAGGGACAGAUUUCGUUGGCUACUGGAAACCUUGAGAAUCCGUUACACAGUUACAGGAAGAGUAAUGCCCCCCUACCUAAUCCAAAGUGAUAUAAAGUCAUUUACGAGUCCUCCCCCUCAGGCAACUGUCCUGUGUGACUGAGGAGUCGGAUUUGCUGGUUGUGGCGGUGACGAGGCCUUCUGAGUAUGAGGCGUAUGAGGUGCACUGAAAGCGGUUGUGGUUAUAGUUUCCUGCGGAUCCUGAACGCUGAGCCAGUCCUCUGUAGCGCCUCGUCCCUCCACCCCCCAUCCUCCUCAAUGGCUCCUGACCUCCUCUUUGUGCUGCUCCUUCAUGACGCAUAUUUUCUUUGUAAUUUAUUUUGUUUUUCUCUUUUAUUUAUUUUGAUUUUUUGGUAAUAGUUACCCAUCUCUACUGUAUACAUGUGUGUGUGCAAUCACUGCUUGUUCUCUUCUUCCUGUUUUGGACUCAGACUUUGACCCCGCGCAGCAUGUUGGUCAUCACUGCGCCUCGCGUCGCUUCCUGUGAUACUCUUAUUUUGGCAUCGCUCCUCUUCCAGUGGGGGGGAAAAACCUGCUAUUAGGACAUAAAAACCCCUCUGUCACUUCACAUGAGUUAACGUCUCCUAACAUAAAUAAAAAAAACAUUGGGAGGGAGAUUUUCACAAUAAAAGGUUGCAAUUUUCCAUAUAAACCACCCCAACAAAUUUAGACCCGUUUUAUCACCCCCACCACCGCUCUGUAUGUGGUUUCAGACAUGCAGUAGUUUCAACAGUCUGUCAACACAUCAUGACUAAUCCCUUUUACCCAAUGAGUCAUUUCCCAUCCCAUAAUGAGAGUCAUGACGGGAAGGAGUAUAAAAGUGCAGCCGCUAAGGUUCCCCCAAGUCGCAGGAUGUCAGGACGGUUGUGAGUCCUUUUGAUAAAUGGUUGUGUUGUAAUCAAAAUGCACUGGAAAGUACUUUGUUUCUUUAAAACUUUGAGGUCUCUUUCCUGUUGUGCGUUAAUGUAUAGUAUAUACUCUGGAUCGUUCUUUUGGGCCAGUCUGGCCGCAUGUCAGUCGUAUAUCUGUACAUUUACCCUGUAGGUUCAGGCCUGUUGAUUUAUUGAUAAGGGAAACAAGCCACCAUAGUGCCCCUUUUUUUUUAAACAAAAAUGUUCUUAGUGGUGUUCCUAAAAUGCACAAAUGGAUGUGUAUUUUAUGGAAAGCAUCAAUUUAAAACCUGUUUUUCCCUAAAUGGAAGUUGCUUUGCUUACGAAAAAAAUAGAAGAAACUUUUUGACUUUUUAUCUAAUUUUUAUUGACUUUCUUACUUUUUUUUAGAUUGUAUUUUGUGAAGAGAAACUGUCUAUUUUUUAAGGACACUUCACGGUUGUAAAAUCUUGUUUUAUUUCGCGCAGGAUCUUUUUUAAAACCACGAAGUAGAGAGAAUUUUUUAAAAAAAACUUGGACCAUUCCUGGUAUCUGAUGUAUACACAAAGUCAGGCAAACCCAAAUAAGUCAUGAUUUGGUUGAUCUGGCUUUCUGUAGCCUCGUAAGUCCUGCAAAUUUGUUUUAUUUCAUGUACAUGUUUUGCUUAAAACCCUUGAAUAUGCCUUUAACUGCUCAGUUUCAAUGAAGUCUUGAUUAUCACACACUCUCUGUUAUACCAAGAAAUGAGACCCAGCGAAAAUGUAGCAUUUUUGUAAACAUUGGCUGUGUGUUUUCGAGACUUUACUGUGCACUCAUUUUUGCGUGUUUAUAUAAUAAAUAUAUAUAUUUUGGUUGUUGAUAUGAUAUGGAAGUAAAGAACAUUUGUUAUGUAGUGCAAUAUGCUGUACAUACAGAGCUUUGCUCUACAAAUCUUUUUUUUUCCUGGAUUUUCUUGUUGUUUAUUGGUACUUUUUUCAAUAAAACUUUAUUGACAAUGUCAA